AUGGGUAACAUCACGCAGCAGCCACCUGCUCCGCGGCCAGGGCCCGGCACGACUCCACCACCACCACUACCAGUGUCUCACUCGGAUAUGUUUCUCGAAAUGAUCCAGGGUAAAUCAGUCAGCGUGGUUGUUGGCCAAAACUCUUUGCACUGCACUUAUGCCCUUCCUGUGGCUCUACUCUGCGUCCAUUCUCUCUAUUUCCGCAACAAAAUUGCCGCUCUCAACGCUAUGUACGGGGAGAAGUGGGCGACCAGUAAGAAGCGCAAAAUCCCUCCCUCCAAUGAUGGCGAGGAAGCGGAAACAAAAGACGAGGUAGAGGUGGAGGAAGGUAGGAAAGAUGGAGAGAGAGUCAUCCGGCUGCCCGACGUAGAUCCCGCCAUCUUCGGUCUCUUCCUGAAGUUCAUAUACAAGGACUUAUACCCAUCAAACGUCGAUGCCAGGACAAUCACGGCCCAAAACCAUCAUCGCUUUUCGACAUUUGUUUCUAAACCAACUACCCCGGGUUCAACUACGACCGCAGCAUCUCGCCAACCAGCUUCCAACCCCUCACCUGCCAGCAGCAAUCAACAUAUCCAAGCAGCCCCUCCACUAAGCCAUAUAACUACCCUCAUGCCGCCACCCCCACCUCCGCAAGGAAUGAACCAUAUCGAGUGUAUGCCGCCCUCCGUAAACGCUUGGCUUCUUGCUCAACGCCUCGGUGCUUUGUCUUUUAUGAACCACGCUAUGUCCCGAAUCUACGCAGGUAUCGGCGUUUAUUUUGCCCUUACACCGGCGCUCAUGGACCACGUCUGGAGGGAGACCUCACCAUCAUCAUCACCAUCACCGUCACCGUCACCUCCUUCCUCCGCUUUCUCACCACCCAGCUCCCCAUCUACAUCAACAGUCCUAACACCCUCCCCACUCCGCAAACUCCUCCUUGAUGUCCUAGUCUCCUACUGGUCCCACACACAUUCCCCAAACCCAAACGCCGUCAUCCUCCGCUCUUUGUCCGUGUCGCCUAACUUCUCCACUUCGUUGAAGGAAGCGUGGGAUAGAUUGUUCAAUGAACACACCGAUUUGAGAAAUGACUUCAUCUAUGGAUUACAAGGUGAUGUUAACAAGCUGAUGCCUGUUAAUGCGUAUUUCGCGACUCCGGCACCGAUCACACAGAGCGGCAUGAUCAGUGGUGGAGUGGCAGGUAGUGAGUUUGGGAAAGAGCACAGUCGGGGUGAUGGACGGGUGGGAAGAGAAGUGGUUGUCAAGGAGGAGAAGGAAGAUGAGACUGAUGUUCUGGCUACAGAGAAGGAGAGCCGUGUCUAA